GUGGAUAUCAAGCCAAGUGCAAUAUUCUUGCCGAAAACAAGCAUCCCCAACUCUGAAUCCAGCUCAGAUAUUUUGGCCCUUGUUCAUCAGGCCCGGCAUUCAGGCCGUCUGUCGGACAUUGUGGUGAUUUGUGUCCCGAGUCUUGUGGUCACCAGCACUAUGACCAAACCGAUGAGUUUUGUCCAGGAGCUGCCCGUUACUUCUAUACAGGGGUCUCUUAUAG